GUGAGGGGGGUGCUGAGCGGAAAGGGGGUGGUGUUGUGGGGGCCGGGGAGAUGGCGGCUUUGUUGGGGCUGAGGGUUCGGUCGUGGACGCCGGGAUUCAUGGUGCGGCCGCGCGUGAGGAGGCGGUUGGAGUUUUUGAAGGUGGAUGAUGCGUUGUUGGUGGCGGCGGGCGGCGCGAGCGUGCUGGAGGAGGAGGAGCUGCGGUUGGCGUGUACCGAUCGCGGGGUGGAUGUGCUGGGGAGGGGGGAGGGGGAGUUGAGACAAGUGUUGGAGAGAUGGUUGAGGUUGACGGAUGCACAGAGGUUGGGGGAGGAACGCCGGGAGGAGGCGGUUCGGAGGUUGUUGCUGCUCAAGGACACCGAGUGGCAGGGUUAACGCCUGGGUGUGGCGUGUAUGAUUGUGUACCACUGUUAUGACUAUCGGAUUAGACGGCCUUUUAGACAGCCGGUCGGGAUAUAGAUGUGUGGGGAGAGUAACCCUCAUCAUUGUAUGGAUUGCAUAUCGGGGGGGAUAGAACCUGCAUAUCAAGUUGAGUGCAUUCAGCAACUCUAUUU